AUUGAGCAGAAUAUAACCAGACUGUCAAUCGAUAUAACCUUAUUUGAACGCAUCCCCAUAUUGUUAAGAUUCUUCGAGAUUUUCUAACCUCAUCAAUCUCAUUCCGGGACGUUUCUUUUUAAUCUAACCCGGAACGUUUUUAUUAGUUAUAAGUGAAAGUAUAUAUCUUAGAGAAUCUUUCUUUUUGUGUAUAUAUAUAUAUAUAGAUAUAUAAUUAAUAUAAAAUGGGUAAGGAAAAUGAAUCGGAUGGUACGAAAAAAAGAAGGAAGUCCGUGAAUGCAAGCAGUGGAACGUCGAUGAAAGACGGAGACAUGUACAAGACAAUAAUAAGUUAUGAAGAAAAGGAAGCUAAUGAGAGAUUGCCCGAAGACGAUUCCGAAUGUUUUUUAGCGACCUGCGACAAUAUUCGAGCAGCAAUGGCUAAGAUAGUUAAAUUGAAAUCCAGUGGAGAUCCAAAUGUGAAAGAUGAGAUUCGUGAAUUGCAAAUUCAAACAUGCCUGGCAUUUGUAGAAUUGAAGAAGCUAAAUCGCAUGGAAAAAUUUCGUACAAAAUGCGCACGCGAUUCUCUUGUGGCUGCAAAAAGCAGUGUAGACAGUAGACAUUUGCAUUUACAGAAUCUGUUAUAUGAAGUGAUGCAUUUGAAAAAAGAAGUCGUCAAGUGUCUUCAAUUUAAAUCCAAAGACGAAUUGAUAGAACUUGUUUCAGAAGAGGAAUUUUAUAAAGAAGCUCCAGAAAGCAUUUCACGAUCUGAAAUAACAAAAAACAAUCCUCAUCAAUUGAGAUUGGCUCGUUUGGAGUGGGAAUUGACGCAAAGAAAACAGUUGGCGGUGUUAUGUGAUGAACUGACAGAGAGCAAAAAGGCGGUAGCAUCUAGUAUUGAAACAAAACAAACUCGCUUAGAUAAUCUUGCACCACAACUGCAUUCUAUAUUAGAGGCGAGCAAACCAUUGCAAGAGAGCCUUGGAUUGCCAUUAGAUAAAAUUCGUCAAGAGCAUCAAAAAGCUUUGUUACUCGCAUCAGCACUUUAUGUAUUAUAUGCAAAGGCAUCUGCCUAUAGAGACGCUUAUGAUAAUACAUUGGUGGUCAAAGUGGAAGGUGACGAAGAUGAAGCAAAACGUGCAAACAAUCAGGACGGUUUGCAAGAGUCCGAUUCAGAUCCUGAGAAUCAAUCGGAAAAUAUUGUAGAGGAAAUGCCUGUGCAUAAAAAGAGACAUCAUAGAGUUUCUCGGGAAACUAGGCAGGAAGAAAAGCGGUCAAAGCUCUUGCAACGACACCCAUUGCAUGUAAAAAUCAUUAUCAUAUUAAAAAAUGAGACGAAAUUGACUCUUUGCUUUUAUUACAUGAUCUAUUUAAAAGUCAUUACAGUGGAGUCAAAACUCGAAACGGAAGACUUAGGAGGUAUUAGUGCUGGAGACAUGCUGGUAUCAGAAUCAAUUCUUCGCGAACUAUAUCCGCGAGAUUCGGGAUUGGAGAGUCCGAAUCCCGCCAAUCAGUAUCAGUUAUCACGGCAUAAUUUGGGUUCGUUCUCGUCUUUGGGAUUAGGCAUUCCUUAUAGAUGGGCACAAAGAAUGGCUGGUCUGCAGUUUGUCUCAUCUGAUAUGAAUGAACAACAACAAAAGCUUACAAGUCAAGAAUUGGCACAAGAUUGUGUCGAAAGUGUAUUGAAAGAAAUCAAGCGGCGCGUGAAAGCGCGGCUAGAUUUAUGUUCGGAGAUACGACAAUUGGAAUCUGGUAAUCUGUCAAUCUUCAUCAGCACGGCAGAUCCAGUGCCGCAAAAGAUCUCAACGUCAUUGCACCGAUUCACGACGAUGACCUGGAAAAAUUACUCGAAUUAUAUUACUUCGCCAGCAUUCUGCCAAAAGGGAUUAGUAUCGUCCGUAGAUAUCUUCUAUGAAGCUGUACUUCGUCGUGGCAGUAGUGAACUUGUGGCAAGAAUCGCUAUUAAGCCAGAUUAUCCAAAAAUAGCACCAGUAUUUAGUGUAAGUAUCAGUCAAAUGGUACCGGCAUCCGCCGAUAUCAUUAGAGACAUCGAGAGAGAAGUCAACGUGAUGUGGACAAAAUCUCCGACGUUGACAGCGCAGAUACAACGACUGAGGGCAUGUUUCGAUAUCUACCUAGAAACUGAGAGUAUGGCACCAAAGGAAAAGAUAUUUUUCCAUCCUGUGAAAGGGCGAACUCGUGCUCGACCAUACAAAUAUUUGUCGCUCGGAGGAGGAAUAUUUAUUCACCGUUAAAUAAAUUAAAUUAUUUGUAU